AUGCUAUUGAGAAAAUCCAAUGCCAAAGGAAAGUAUAACUCGAAAAUUGCUUUCGAGAAGAAAUUAGAAAAGUUAAGUAAAUCCAAGGCCAAGGGAAACAGCAAAGUAAAUUUUCGAAAACUAACAGCCGAGAAUCUUACUCUUCGAGAAGUUGCUGUGUGCGACAAAGUGUUGAGGAUACACCUUCGAAAAGAGAAUUUAAAGAGUGCUUAUAAAGGAACAUCCGCAGAACUUAACAUUUUUAACAAGGAAUCCACCGUUGACAAGAAACCUCUACGACACAGCAACAAGACAACCACUAAUACAAAACAACCAACCACAUUAACUUACAACAAAAGCUCACCCAGAAAGAUGGUCAUAAACAAUGGUAAAGUCAGCAAACACGAUCCCGACGAUAUAUUCAUAAAAAAACUCAAAGCCAAACAAAACGGCAAAAUCUACUACCUGAAACAGGUCCCUUACAAAUCGAUAUCCGAAGGGAAACUCAACUACAAGUUCCACCAGCUCGUCAACGACGUGAAAAACAUGCAACUACCCACCCCGUUGUGGAAAAUCAAAGUGAUCAUACGACACAACAAAAUCGCAGCCAUCAUUUUCACCAACAAAGCCGAGCUCGAAAGGAGUCUUAGUUUCAAUUCCGAUGAUGAUAAAUACCACAUAAUCAUAGACAACAAACCCGCCCUUUUGCUAGGAUCCCCGGGAAGAGUAAACAGCUGCAAUGAAAUCGAAGUGCUAUUAAACAUAAUGGAAAACAUCGACAAAAACAAUUCCAUGAUAAUGUAUAAGUAA